CCGUGCGCCAGCGCCGCCCGCCGCCGGUCAGAGCCGCCCCGGUCGCCGCGGACUCCACAUUCCAACGUCGCUGUGCUGCCGGUCCAAGAACCAGUGCCGAGUGACUGAGUGACCGACUUCUACCCGUGCGACACUCAAUAAACAACCAACAUGUCUGACGAGGAGGAAUAUUCUGGCUCUGAGGAGGAGGAAGUAGAAGAAGAAGUCCCGGACACACCCGCUCCUAAACAAGAGAGUAGACCGUCGAUCGCGGGUGAGGGAGAUCCAGAAUUCAUCAAGCGUCAAGACCAGAAGCGGUCGGACUUGGAUGAACAGUUGAAGGAAUACAUCAACGAAUGGCGCAAACAGCGGGCCAAGGAGGAGGAUGAGCUCAAACGCCUUAAAGAGAAGCAGGCCAAGCGCAAGGUUUCUCGUGCCGAAGAAGAAAAGCGCCUCGCUCAAAAGAAAAAGGAAGAAGAAGAAAGGAGAGUGCGCGAAAUCGAAGAGAAGAAACAACGCGACAUCGAAGAGAAGAGGCAACGGCUCGAGGAGGCCGAGAAGAAGCGCCAGGCUAUGCUCCAGGCCAUGAAAGAUGCCAGCAAGACCGGACCCAACUUCACCAUCCAAAAGAAGAGCGAAAACUUCGGUUUGAGCAAUGCCCAGCUGGAGCGCAACAAGACCAAGGAGCAGCUGGAAGAGGAGAAGAAGAUCUCCCUGUCCAUCCGCAUCAAGCCGCUGACCAUCGAGGGUCUCUCCGUCGACAAACUCCGACAGAAGGCCCAGGAACUCUGGGAGUGCAUCGUCAAACUCGAGACCGAGAAAUACGAUCUCGAAGAGAGGCAAAAGAGACAGGACUACGACUUAAAAGAGCUCAAAGAAAGACAAAAGCAGCAACUGAGGCACAAAGCUCUCAAGAAGGGUCUCGACCCCGAAGCGCUCACAGGCAAGCACCCGCCCAAAAUUCAAGUAGCGUCCAAGUACGAGAGGCGUGUCGACACACGAUCCUACGACGACAAAAAGAAACUGUUCGAGGGUGACCUAGAGAAACUGAACAAGGACUUCCUCGAGAAGGUGUGGCAAGAGAGGGCCGAACAGUUCGGCGGCAGGCAAAAGGCGCGACUGCCGAAGUGGUUCGGCGAGAGGCCCGGCAAGAAGAAGGGCGAACUCGAAUCUCCGGAAGGCGAAGAGGACGUCAAGGCUGAGCCCGAGGAGGACGAAGAGCCUCAAUACGAGCCUGAACCCGAAGAGGAGGAGGAAGAGGUCGUUGAGGAGGUAGAAGAAGAGGAGGAAGAAGAGGAAGAAGAAGAAGAGGAAGAGGAGGAGGAAGAAGAAGAGGAAUAAAAAUCGGACGCGCCACUGAUGGGGCCCUCGACGCGGGCCGGUCGCGUCCUACAGUUUUGUAACCAAUCCAUUAACUUAUUGCUAUUAUAAUAUGAACAAAAUAUUUUUAUUAUUUAUACUUUUCCACGAAACGUCGUUAACAGCCUAUGACGAUACAAUAAACUAAUUUAUUUCAUAA